UGACGACAAAGACCGAGCUAUUUUGUGCAACACAACGGCGGAGACGGGGCGGCGUGUCGGGCUCGAAUACAUGAUUUCCGCCAAUGGUAUCUUCGCAGCGGACCGCCUACCUUUGUGGCUGAACGAGAUGGUGUAUAAGAUGAGUCUUUCUUUCGUGUCGACAGAUUUUCUUUAAGAAUUCACAGGUGUCUAGCUCUACAGACUUGUUUUCCCAUACCACUCACAGACUGUCGGAACAUCUCCUAACCCAUUCAUCGAAAUGGCUCACGCAAACCGUUUGGCAAACAAAAGAGUCGUUGUUUUCGGUGGCACAUCUGGAAUUGGCUUCGGCGUCGCGAACAUGGCGCUUUCAAACGGUGCGACCGUCAUCAUCUCGGGCUCACGACAACCCAAAGUCGACGACAAGGUAGCCCUUAUGCGUACCUACUACCCUUCGCUCGCUCCCGGAACCGUCUCAGGCCACGCACUCGACCUCUUCGACACAGCGAACCUCGACACCGGGCUGAAAGCCUUCUUUGACAAAGUCACGCAUGGCGGGCAGGAGAAAAUCAAUCACAUCGCCUUCACGGCCGGCGACGCUUUCACUCAGAUACCCAACAUCCGCACUACAAACGCGGGGGAAGUUAUCGAUGGAUUCCGCGUGCGCUACUUGGCGCCUCUUGCUAUCGCGAAACUGCUCGCGCUCCAUCCAGACAUGUACGUGGCUAAUGAGUAUCAAUCGUCGUUUACAUUGACUGGUGGGACGAACACGCACAAACCGAUGCCCGGAUGGAGUGUUGGCGCGGGGUGGGGCGGCGCAAUCGAAGCACUGGCGAGGGGGCUAGCCGUCGACCUCAGGCCUGUGAGAGUCAAUAUGGUCGAGCCGGGGGCGGUGCAGACGGAGUUACUACAAGGCUAUGUCGAGAAGCUGGGACCGGGGGGUUUGGAGCAGUUAAAGAAGGAAGCUGGGUUGACAGGGGAAUUGGGACAGCCCGGGGAUUUGGCGGAGACGUUUGGAUGGCUUAUGAGGGAUUGGUUUGCGGACGGAACGAUUGCCAGUUCGACGGGGGGGCGAUACCUGGCUUAGAUUAGGGGGUUGUGUGUUGUCGAAGGGUCAUGGGAUAUGGAAUAUAGGUUGGUUUUAUUCUUUG